GAGGUAUACUGUCAUUUGCCGAGAGUUCGUCGCGGUGCGCACACGCGUCGUUCGCAGCGCUUAUUUUUGUUCAAUUUGUGCCUUCACACUCUCACCACUGUCGAGGACGAAGUGACGAAUUGCGCGCUUGCAGUGCCAGUGUUCCGAGCUUUGUUAUCCACGUUUAUCGCCUAAUUUGUGCUCUGAUUAUUAAUGAUGUAUAUGUCUGGAUUUCUCAUCUUCUCUCCUGAAAUAUCAGCGAGAAUGACUCCGCAAGAAGAGCGGGAGAGUGCGCGCGGCGCUGAGAUCGCAGACGCCUUUGAGGACGACAUGUUCGGCCCUCCGCGCACCGAACCGGCUGCGCGCCCCAAGCUCUCCAUGAUCUCCGCGCGCCUUCGCGCCAACGAGGAGCGCAAGCGGGUCAUCGAAAUAUGCUCCCAGAAACUGGAGAAUAUCGAGGACCCCGCUCGCGAUUUGCGUCGCUCAGUCUGCAUCAACAAUACCUACUGCCGCUUGAGCGAGGAAGCGCGCAGAGAAAAAGAAGCCAGACGUCGCCGCGCGAGAGAAGAAUGUGAUGAUUCGUGGAUAGGCAAAAAAGCGCGUCGUGCCGUUGAAGACGAAUGCUUAGCACUCCUCGACGCUAUCCCGGAACUGGGAGAUGCGAAUUUGGGGUGCGCCCAGCUCGCGCGACAGAUGCCCCGACAAGACGUCCUCCUACCCCCCGGACUGCUGACAGUGUUGGACUCAUGACCGCGCCGUCCGGCGCACCUACACUCUCCGCUGUGAUGCCAGUGCCCGAGUGAAGUAUGCUCGUGCGAGGUUACGCUCGAGUCGCUGACCGAGAUACCGGACGCGUUUUGAACGAGCUCGCCCGUCGAGGCCCUCGCGUUGCGUCUCACGGCGCACCACCUGACCGCUGAACGUCGCGCUAAGGAAACGUUACCCGAACGGAUUAUCGUCUAGCGAAUUCUUAUAAGAUGAGUACUUAUUGUUAGCGCGUUUUUAUUAUUUAGUGAAAGUUGCUCAGGCGCUGCCGAUGGGCGCGGUCCAAUUAGUGUUCGACGAUCGUUUCGUUAAUCAAAGAACUGUGCUGCUAUGUGACGUUGAGGUGAAGAUGAAAUAGUGAAGAAUGGAUUAUUUCGGAGUUUUAGAUAUAAGCCAUAAUUAAUGUUACAUUAUUGUACUAUAAAUAGUUUAAUACGUAUAGAAUAUUAUAAUUAUGAUUAAGUGAUAGUGCAAAACAACUGGGAACGGUUACGCAUGAUUAUGAACUGUACCAUUGUUUAGUCCUUGCUUUUAGUAUUAUUGUGCUGCCUCGAGUGAGAUUAAGAUAAUAAUUUAGGAGGCGUUAUGAGUACAAGUUUACAAAGUCAGUAGAAAAUGCUUGGAACAAAUAGUCGUCCGAUAAACUUUGAAAGUAAAAGCUGAGUGCACUGCGCUAUGAAGCGUGAGUGAGACGGCACGCAUAUUAAGAAACACGGUAUCUCGCAUCGAAGUUACGUAUUUGACAUGUUCGUAACAAAGGAAAAAAUACUUUAUAUGAUAUGACGUGAGGUGCUCGUCGCGACCGAAGCGCGUAUGUGACCUUACUCGCGUAGAUAAGUAAGCCAAACGUUGGGCCAAACCUUGGAUCAAAUGUUGCAUUUUACAAGUCUGAUUCAUAUUAAUUUUAUUUAAAGUGUUUUGUUUUGCUGUACUUUAUUUUAUUUGUAUAUUUUGUUCUUAAUGUUACCUUAUCCAUCUAUGCUUGUUACCAUAUAGUAAAAUUGGUUGUUUUCGAUCAUUGCGUACUUAUUGUUUAGUAUAUUUUUACUGUAUUGUGUCAUUGUUAAUUUAUUUUAGGCGAAUAAUUUAGUUGAAAAUGUAACGGUAUUGCUAACAGAUCGUUGUGCAAUAGACUUGUUCGCUCGUUGUGCAAUCGGAUGAGGAAAGUGAAGUUAGUAUUGAAAUCUUAAUAGUCGCAAAAUAUAUUGGUAGAAGCCCAUUUCGCCCCUCUGAAUAGUAAAUAGGUACCUGUGGGAGGUCGGGAGGAGCCGGGCGUGGGGUGGAGUCGGGCGGACCGUUCCCAGCACUCCUGUGAUAUUAGCCUAGCCUGUAUGUCGUAUUUGUGCUAGUACCCCAUCCUUUUUUGAAUCGUGCUGUGUAAAAACGCUUCAAAAAAUUAAUUCCUUCAAUCGGCAAUUUUAUACGGUUGGUCCGGUUUAUAAUAUUCGAUUGUAGUGCGUUAAGACGUUUUUAUCGCGUUGGAUAUGUAGAUGUUUUGUAUCGAAUUUGUAUAAUAAGAAUGCUUGUACUGUCGCCUCCAGGGUCUGGAAUGGACACGAAAGUUGAGGGUUUGGAGGGAAAUUAUCCAUCUGGGCUCAACGUGUACAGAACACGGUGAACGAUGAAUGCAAAACGUCAAUUUAAACUUCCAGAAAGAUCCGCUUGUUCAGUAGUUAAUUAACAUAAAAAACGGUACCAAAUGUAAUUUUAAAAAUCACAAACGCACAUGAAAUUAUUGUAAAAUACUAUUGUAGUUUUAAAGACUAGUUACAGAUUGUCAAAAUUGUAUUGUUAUUACAUAGUAUUAUUGUCGUCUUUUCGUUCCUAAGUGCCUUGAUUUUUUUAUUAUGAAUAAUUAUUUUUAAUUUAUAAACGAAACAAGCAUUAUGUUAAAAUUACAGGCACAGGUCAUUGUCCAAAUUGUAAUGACUCAUAUUAUAUAUGAAACAAAGCUAUUGCUUUACAAAUUUAUAAAGAAGUAAUGUAAAUAAAAAUCUUUAAUUCUCA